GUUCAGAAGAAUUGCAAGCUCAUGAUUUAUUUGAAAUAAAAUUUUCUGAUUUUGAAAUUCAAGUUUCUUUACCAGAUCCAAUGCAUGAAAGUCUUUUAAAAAGAAUUGAUGAAUUAGAAAAUCUUAAUAGGCAAUUAUUAUUUGAAAAUGAAGAAUUAAAAAAGAG